UCCCCAGCGGCCCCUGCUCCUCCUGCCUGCCUCCCUCCCACUGCCUGCCCUGUUGGCACAGAGUCCGGACUCCUGUCAGCACGGGGAGGAUGGCUGCUCCACAAACACUGUGGGUGGGGCUGGUCCUGCUGGGAGUCCUGGGGGGCCUGCGGACCCGGGCCCAGGCCCAUGUCUCCCUGCAGCCCAACUUCCAACAGGACAAGUUCCUGGGGCGCUGGUUCACCUCCGGCCUCGCCUCCAACUCGAACUGGUUCCGUGAGAAGAAGAACGCGCUGUCCAUGUGCUCAUCCAUGGUGGCCCUGGGCGAGGGCGGCGGCCUCAACCUCACCUCUACCUUCCUCAGGAAGGACCACUGUGAGACCAGGACCCUACUGCUGCUGCCUGCAGGCCCCCCAGGCUGCUACAGCUACACCAGCCCCCACUGGGGCAGCACCCAGAACGUGUCUGUAGUGGGGACGGACUACGUGGAGUACGCGCUGCUCUACACGGAGGGCACCAAGGGCCACGGCCAGGACUUCCGCAUGGCCACACUCUACAGCCGUACCCAGACCCCUAGAGCCGAGGUAAAGGAGAAAUUCGCCAACUUCACCAAGGCCCAGGGCUUCACAGAGGACACCAUUGUCUUCCUCCCCAAAACCGAUAAGUGCUUGGAGGAGCACAAAUAGGUCCUGCUCUCUCAGCCAGGUGACCCCAGCCCUCAGGACCUGGCCACCUGCCCUGCUCAGCUCUCUCCUCUAAGACCCCUGGGACCCCAGUCCUGGCUCCCCCUGCCCCCCUCUGCCCCUCUAUCCUGCCUCUGGCAAUAAACACAAGCAAGUCAGCA